GGAUGUGGCUCGAGCUGAAGGCGCGCAGGGCCGGAGACGCUGCAGACGCGAGACCCGGAGCACCUCCGAGGCGGUGAAUAGCUCUUCAAGUCUGCAAUAAAAAAUGGCCUCCAAUAAAACUACAUUGCAAAAGAUGGGAAAGAAACAGAAUGGGAAAAGUAAAAAAGUUGAAGAGGCAGAGCCUGAAGAAUUUGUGGUGGAAAAAGUACUGGACCGACGUGUGGUGAAUGGGAAGGUGGAGUAUUUCCUGAAGUGGAAGGGAUUCACAGAUGCUGAUAAUACUUGGGAACCUGAAGAAAAUUUAGAUUGUCCAGAGUUAAUUGAAGCAUUUCUUAAUUCUCAAAAAGCUGGUAAAGAAAAAGAUGGUACAAAAAGAAAGUCUUUAUCUGACAGUGAGUCUGAAGACAGCAAAUCAAAGAAGAAAAGAGAUGCUGCUGAUAAACCAAGAGGCUUUGCCAGAGGUCUUGAUCCUGAACGAAUAAUUGGUGCCACAGAUAGCAGUGGAGAAUUAAUGUUUCUCAUGAAAUGGAAAGAUUCAGAUGAGGCAGAUUUGGUGCUGGCAAAAGAGGCAAAUAUGAAGUGUCCUCAAAUUGUAAUUGCUUUUUAUGAAGAGAGACUAACUUGGCAUUCUUGUCCAGAAGACGAAGCCCAAUAAUUAUUUGCAUUGCUUUUUAUAUAUAUUUAUAUAUAUAUAUAAAAUCUCAGUCUUGGUUUUUUUGAUUUAUUAGCGUGAAGAAAUAACAUUCUAAUGAAAAUCAAGUUUGAUAUGUUUGUUUUGAAGUAGUAUUGGGGGACUCGUUGGGGGGGUCGUUUUGCAUCUAUAGCACUGGUUACUUUGAACAGAAGCUUUCUGUAGUUGCUUCGUUUAUCAGAAAAGAACAUUUGAUGCCAUGGUAUAUUUUUUCCUCUGCGUUAAAUAACAGCUUUUCUAAAUGUUGGGGGAAAUCUCCACUGUCAUUACUCAGUCAGAAUUUGUGUUUAACUCAUACAUGCCUAAGGAUCAUUCUGGGGUUUUUUGUUUAUUUAGGGGGUUGGGGAUGUGUAUACAUAGAAAUGGUUUUCUUUCUUUUUUUAACAUUUACUACAAUAAAAAGCAUUUCACGACCAUG